AUGGGUCAGCUCGACCGGAGUGAUACCACGGCCUCACAGAAUACCGGCGUGAGUGACGUUGGUGGUUGUGGGUAUCACCUAGCGACGAUGCUGGGCCUAUUGCCAGCGCAAGUAAUCAACGUGUACCUCGGCUCCACGCUGCGGUCCAUGCAUGACGUGCUGCACGAGUCCCAUCUCACUGGAUAUGUCGUGUUUGCAUUUCAGGUUGAAACACAAGUAGAAGCAGCACGUGAUGGUAAAGCAAUACGCGCCGCCCAUGGACACGCGUUACACGGCGUUGCUGACCUUUUGGGGUUAUGUUUUAAGAUGGACGAAAGGUCGUCAAACGAGCAAACUGAUUACCUGACGGUAAGCAAUCAGCGUCGCCCACGGACACCCGCAACGACGGAGGAGUUAAGAAUCCUGAUCGGCAUAACACUGAUGGUGUGGGUUGUGCAGAAGGCGCGCAAAGAGCUGACAAUAGCCAUCAUGGCGGCGGAACUAGGCCGGGAGACGAUAUCCACCUCCAGCAGCUCCUCAAUCAGCUAG